UCUUUUUUUCCUCUCGCCAAGGCUCGGUUGGAGCAAUCUGCGCAAAUGCUGGACAAAUAUAUGCAAUCGAUCGGAAAUGAUUCGGCUGCUCAUCGUAGAUGAUGCCGCCCGCAUACUUUAUUCGUGUGGAUUGUUUUACACUGAAUGAAAGUCGCCGCACGCGCUGUCAUUAGCUUAGCGCUCGAGCCUUCAUAUCAGCAGCAGCAUCCGUCAGUGCGCGCGCGGAGCAGCAGCGCGAGCGGAUUGAACACGUUGAACUUUCCUCUCCGCCCAUUUUUUUCUGAGGGGGGUGACAAAGGUCUUUUUUUCUUUUCUUUUUAAUUUUUAUGUUCCAAAAUAACACCGGACUAUUAAAACCUAAUAGUACCCACACGAAGACAAUUCGGAGGGGAUUUUCGUACAGACUUUCGGCUUCCCUGGGGUCAAAAUGCGGCUGCGGACUUUGAUUGUUUUGGUUGCGUCUGUCUACACUGUUUGCCACUGUCAACAAACAAAUGGAGAAAUUUGCCCAAGUAAAGACAUCAGAAAUAACGUGACCAACCUACGGGUGCUGGAGAACUGCACUGUGAUCGAAGGCCACUUAAAGAUCCUGCUUAUGUUCACGACUAAACCAGAGGAUUUCCGUGGCCUGAGUUACCCUAAGCUGACAGUAGUGACAGACUACCUGCUCCUGUUCCGUGUCUAUGGCUUGGAGAGCCUCAGCGACCUGUUUCCCAACCUCACGGUGGUGCGAGGAAAUAAUCUCUUCUUCAACUAUGCACUCGUGCUGUUCGAGAUGCUGCAGCUGAAGGAGAUCGGCCUUCACAGUCUGAUGAAUAUCACCCGUGGUGCCGUGCGCGUGGAGAAGAACCCUGACCUCUGCUACCUCUCCACCCUCGACUGGUCCAUGAUCCUUGACUCGGUGGAGGACAACUACAUCGUGGCCAAUAAGAAUGAUCGUGAGUGCGGAGACGUCUGCCCCGGCACGGUUCUGGGCAAAACCACCUGCCCCCUCACCACCAUCAACGGGGACUUCAGCGAGCGCUGCUGGAACCAGAAGCAUUGCCAGAGAAUGUGUCCAUCCUCAUGCAAGCACCGUGCCUGCACUAAAGACAACCAGUGCUGCCACGACCAGUGCCUGGGCGGCUGCUUGGACCCCAACUCGUCGCGCAAAUGCGUGGCCUGCCGCAACUACAUGCACAAUAACAUCUGCGUUGAAAAGUGCCCACCUGGUUUCUACACCUAUAAGGGCUGGCGCUGCGUCAACUUCAGCUUUUGCCAGGAGCUCCACAACAAGUGCAAGCAGGGCAAAGGUGACUGCCACGAAUACGUCAUCCAUGAUGGUGCCUGCAUCCCAGAGUGCCCUUCUGGGUACACCACUGUAAACUCCACUACGUUGAACUGCACCCCUUGCGCUGGCCUUUGUCCCAAAGUGUGCAUGGGGCUGAAGACAGUAGACUCAGUCACUUCGGCACAGGCUCUGAGAGGAUGCACAGUGAUCAACGGCAGUUUGGUCAUCAACAUCCGCGGAGGGAAUAACAUAGCCGCAGAGCUGGAAGCUAACCUGGGGCAGCUGGAGGAGAUCACCGGCUACCUGACAGUGCGACACUCAUAUGCCCUAGUCUCUCUAUCUUUCCUUCGCAAGCUUCGAAUAAUCCAUGGAGAGACGCAGGAAGUCGGGAAUUAUUCAUUCUAUGCUCUCGAUAACCAGAACCUGCGUCAGCUGUGGGACUGGACCAAACACAACCUGUCCAUCCAGCAAGGUCGCAUGUUUUUCCAUCAUAACUCCAAACUCUGCAUGUCAGAGAUCCGGAAGAUGGAGGAGGUGACUGGCACUAAGAACCGGCAAACAAAGAAUGACAUUGUCUCAAAGACCAAUGGAGAUCAGGCUUCAUGUGAGAGCCAGGUUUUGAAGUUCACACAGAUUCGCACACUUUCAGACAAGAUCAUAAUUAAAUGGGAACCUUUCUGGCCGCCAGAUUUUCGAGACCUUCUGGGAUUCAUGGUUUUAUACAAAGAGGCGCCAUUUAAGAAUGUAACUGAGUUCGAUGGUCAGGAUGCAUGUGGCUCUAACAGCUGGGUCAUAGCAGAUGUGGACCCUCCACCUCGCGCCACAGAGGGAAAAGAACAGCAGGAGCCCGGCUACCUCAUCCUCCCUCUGAAGCCCUGGACACAGUACGCCAUCAUGGUCAAAACCCAGCUCUCCGCUUCUGAUGAACACCAGGUCCACGGAGCAAAGAGCGAAAUCAUCUAUGUCCGCACCAAUGCUACCAAACCCUCCGUGCCCCUGGACCCCAUAUCCUCGUCAAAUUCCUCAUCUCAGAUCAUUCUGAAGUGGAAGCCCCCUAACGAUCCAAACGGAAACAUCACACACUACUUAGUCUUCUGCCAGCAGCAACCAGAGGCUAGCGAGCUCUACAAGUUUGAUUACUGUCAGAAAGGAAUGAAGCUACCCACCAGAGCCCCCACACAAGUGGACAACGAAGAGGAACAGAAGUGGAACCAAACCGAGGAGCAGGGCCAAGAUAGCCGCUGCUGCGCUUGCCCCAAAACGGAGAAACAGCUGAAGAAAGAGGCGGAGGAGUCAGAGUACCGCAAAACCUUUGAGAACUACCUCCAUAAUGAAGUCUUUGAGCUCAGGCCAUCAAGACAGCGCAGAUCUCUGGUGGGCAUUGCCAAUAGGACCUCCUCUCGUCUUUUCACUACGCCCUCCUCGUUGCCCAAUGGCUCUGCCACUCGUAGCCCAGAGGAGGAAGCAGAGGCCAAUAAGAUUUCACUGAUUGUUCAUGCCAAAGAGUCAACAGUCAUCUCCAGUCUGCGCCAUUUCACCAGCUACCAGAUAGAAAUUCAUGCCUGCAACCAUGAGAAUGACCCAGCUCGCUGCAGUAUGGCGGCCUACGUCAGUGCCCGCACCAUGCCCGAAGAAAAAGCUGAUGACAUUGUGAGUGUGAUAAUCUAUGAGGUGUCUGAGUACUCUGUACACAUCAGGUGGAUGGAGCCUAAGGCCCCUAACGGCAUGAUUAUUCUCUAUGAAGUCCAUUACAAGAGACUGGGAGAUACAGAGGAGCUGCACCACUGCGUAUCCAGGAAGAAUUAUAUUGCAGACGGAGGCUGCAAGCUGAGAGUGGUGCACCCUGGGAACUAUACGGUGCGGAUCAGAGCAACCUCCCUGGCAGGCAAUGGAUCAUGGACAGAGCCAACACACUUCUAUGUUAAGGACCUACGUGUGGACCCAUCCAACAUGCUGAAGAUUGUGAUUGGUCCGGUGAUCUGUGUCGUUUUACUACUUGUGAUGGGAAGCGUGGGCUUUUUCAUGUUCAAGAAAAAGCAAACAGAAGGUCCAACUGGGCGACUUUAUACCUCCCCAAAUCCAGAGUAUUUCAGCCCAGAUGAGGUGUAUGAGCCAGACGAGUGGGAGGUGCCACGUGAAAAGAUUAAUCUAUUGCGAGAGUUAGGCCAGGGAUCUUUUGGCAUGGUGUAUGAGGGCAUCGGAAAGGACAUAGUUAAAGGCGAGCCACAGUCCUGUGUUGCGGUGAAGACGGUUAACGAGUCGGCCAGCCUCAGAGAGAGGAUUGAGUUCCUCAACGAAGCUUCUGUGAUGAAGGCAUUCAGCUGCCACCAUGUGGUGAGGCUGCUGGGGGUGGUGUCUAAAGGCCAGCCUACUCUAGUGGUGAUGGAGCUCAUGACACAUGGAGAUCUGAAGAGUUUCCUGCGUUCUCUCAGACCUGACUCAGAGAAUAACCCAGGUCGGCCUCCUCCAACGCUGAAAGAGAUGAUUCAAAUGGCCGCAGAGAUAGCAGAUGGCAUGGCUUACCUGAACGCCAAGAAGUUUGUGCACCGUGACCUUGCUGCCAGGAACUGCAUGGUGGGCGAAGACCUGACCGUAAAAAUUGGUGAUUUUGGCAUGACAAGAGACAUUUAUGAGACGGAUUACUACAGAAAGGGUGGGAAGGGCCUGCUUCCUGUGAGAUGGAUGGCCCCUGAGUCGCUGAAGGAUGGAGUCUUCACCGCUCAUUCAGACUGCUGGUCGUUCGGUGUGGUGUUAUGGGAGAUCAGUACUCUGGCUGAGCAGCCCUACCAGGGACUGUCCAAUGAACAAGUCCUUAAGUUUGUGAUGGAGGGAGGAUACCUGGACAGACCUGACAAUUGCGCAGACAGAUUGCAUAACCUGAUGCAGAUGAGUUGGCAUUACAAUCCCAAAAUGAGGCCCAGCUUCCAGGAAAUCAUCGAGAUGCUCCGGGAGGAUCUGCAUCCCUCGUUUCAGGAGGUCUCCUUCUUCUACAGUGAGGAGAACAAGCCGCCUGAGACGGAAGAGUUUGAUAUGGACCUGGAGAACAUGGAGAGCAUCCCGUUGGACCCUUCCUCGUACUCUCAGAGGGAGUGCUGUCUAGAUGGGGACGAGGGCUCAUCCGUGGGCCUUCGAGGGAGUUAUGAGGAGCAUUUGCCGUAUACGCAUAUGAAUGGCGGCAAGAAAAAUGGACGCAUCUUAUCCCUACCCCGAUCUAACCCUUCCUAAUAUUAUUAACCCCAUCAAGCUAUAUUAGAAUUUUUUUUUUCUCAUCAUUUUAUAGAUUCACUUUUAUUGAGCUCUAUAUCAGAAGCCCUUCAGAAAGGAAUCUCAGGACGUUCGUUUUCUUCUUUACUGCCUCAGUAUGAUGAUGAUGAUACAGGGUGCGGGCUUUUUUUUUUAUUUAA